CCCGUAUCCUGCAACGUAUUGGCACCCGUUUGAAUAUCCUCUCGUGGGAACUGAUGGGAUGUUCAUGGACUUCUUUGUGAUCCUAUUGAUAGUUUUACACGACGUCUGCAUCUUGAACGGGAAAAAUCACCCAAGAAAACCCGGUUAAUCUUAUCUGUGGCCUUGGGAAAUAGUCGUAGUGGGGUCAUCGUGGGUCUGGCAGCAAAGGUUUAUUUAGGAAUAUCAAGGUCGGGUGUUGGCAGGAGCGCACUUCUAACGUGCUGCCUUGAACACCAUUUGUCUAGCACGUGUUUUACCGAGCCGGGGAGGACGUGGCAGACACACCGCCGCUCCCACAGGACACUUGCAGCACCGGAGAAGGGGACUCGAGGUUUCCUGUGGACUGACAAGCAGGGGGAGAGGACCAAACCAGCCAGACUAACCCCGGACACGGCUGACAGGGUUACAGGUGCAGGGGACAGGUUACAAGUGCAGGGUUCAGCCGAGACACAGCCGCCCCACACACACGCCCACAGUCUCCCAGCAGCCCGGCACCAUGAUUUAUGUGGACCCCAAGGAUGUGGUGGUGCCCAGGAUAAACGACCUCUUGAAUAGGGACGGGUAUUUGAAGCCCUUCGAGAAUGAGAUCAAACGCAGGUAUGGCUGCUUCCAAGCACUGCUAAAGCAGAUUGAGGCAGGAGAAGGUGGAAUUGACAAGUUUUCUCGGGGCUAUGAGAAGUAUGGCAUCCAUGUCAACCCAGACAACAGCAUCACGUGCCAUGAGUGGGCUCCUCUUGCUCAGGGACUCUUCCUAAAAGGAGACUUUAAUGACUGGAACAAAAUUUCACAUCCCUUCAAAAAACUAGAGUUUGGAAAAUGGGAGAUACACAUUCCAGCAGCUCCUGACGGCUCAUGUCCAAUCAAGCAUAUGUCCCGGGUCAAGAUUGGUGUGUUGGCAUCUAAAAAUGAGAUUGGUCUCCUGACUCCAAAGGACACCAUGGAGGACAGGCUGUGCCCUUGGGCCACAUAUGUAGUUCAACCCCCCAAAACUGAAGGGACUGCCUACCAGCACCACUUAUGGAACCCACCUGCACAAGAGAGGUACACCUUCCAACACCCUCGUCCUUCCAAGCCCAAGGGCUUAAAAGUGUAUGAGUGCCAUGUUGGCAUAGCCACUGAAGAGAGAAGGGUUGGCACUUACAAGGAGUUCACCACUAACGUUCUCCCACGAAUACUCAAACUUGGUUACAAUGCAAUCCAGAUAAUGGCAAUCAUGGAGCAUGCAUAUUAUGCCAGUUUUGGAUAUCAAGUCACAAGUUUCUUUGCUGCCUCAAGUCGGUUUGGCACACCUGAAGAACUGAAAGAGCUGGUUGACACUGCCCACUCAAUGGGGCUGUUCGUGCUCUUGGAUGUUGUCCAUUCCCAUGCCUCGAAGAAUGUGAUGGAUGGCCUCAAUGAAUUUGACGGCUCUGACUCGUGCUACUUCCAUGGAGGUUCCAGGGGGGUGCAUUCUUUGUGGGAUUCCAGGCUCUUCAACUACUCAAGCUGGGAGGUGUUGCGGUUUCUGCUGUCGAAUUUGAGAUGGUACCUCGAGGAGUACAAAUUUGAUGGUUUCCGGUUUGAUGGUGUCACCUCCAUGCUAUACCACCACCAUGGUAUUGGGGAAGGAUUCAGCGGUACCUAUGAAGAAUACUUUGGCCUCAGUGUAGAUACCGAAGCUCUGGUGUACAUGAUGCUGGCCAACUACAUGCUACAUAAGCUGAACCCAGAAACCAUCACAAUUGCCGAGGACGUGUCUGGGAUGCCCGCCUUGUGUCGCCCAGUAGAAGAAGGUGGUGGAGGGUUUGACUACCGACUUGGCAUGGCAAUUCCAGACACUUGGAUCAAGCUUCUAAAAGAAAAGGCUGAUGAUGACUGGAACAUGGGAAAUAUUUGCCACGUCUUGGAAAACCGACGUUACCAGGAGAAGACUAUCGCUUAUGCUGAAUCCCAUGAUCAGGCACUGGUUGGGGACAAGACUAUUGCUUUCUGGCUAAUGGACAAAGAAAUGUACACCCACAUGUCCAAAUUGUCUGGCCCAACUGUCAUCAUUGACAGAGGUAUUGCCCUGCACAAGAUGAUCAGACUUGUCACCCAUGGCCUGGGUGGGGAGGGCUACCUCAACUUUAUGGGGAAUGAAUUUGGACAUCCUGAGUGGCUUGACUUCCCAAGGAUAGGCAACCAAGAGAGUUACCACUAUGCCCGAAGGCAGUGGAGCGUGGUGGACAAUGACCUCUUGAAGUACAAGUACCUGAAUAAUUUUGAUGCUGCAAUGAAUAAACUGGAGAGUGUGCAUGGUUGGCUCAGUGCUGACCCAGGCUACAUCAGCACAAAGCAUGAGGGAGACAAAAUUAUUGUCUUUGAGCGUGCAGGCUGUGUCUUCAUAUUCAAUUUUCACCCCAGCAAGAGUUACAGUGACUACAAGAUUGGUGUGGGUGUCAAUGGGAAGUAUAAGAUUGUUUUAGACUCUGAUUCAGAGGAGUUUGGUGGCCACAAACUGAUUGCUGUCACGGAUUUCUUCACCAGUAAUGAUGGAUACAACAAUCGCCGCUACAGCCUGAUGGUCUACAUUCCAAGUCGAGUUGCUAUUGUACUAGCAAAGUUUGAUUGAUGUUUUUCCUGAAGUAGGUCCAAGAGGCAUGGUGGUGAUUGCAGUCAAGUGAAAGAGGCAUGGCAUCUCGCCACCAUAAACUUGUACCAAGAUCAUGUAAAUUUCACCAAGUUAGUAGCAACUAAAGAUAUUGUACAUACUGUUUUUUAGUAGUUAAUUAUUUAGAUGUAUGUUUGUGUUAAGGCCUUAAGAAUAUAUUUUCAUUAUAUAUUGUUGGUUAUCAUUGCUGGAUAGCAUUUUAUUUAAAUAGACAGUUGUAGUUCAUUUUGGCUGAAAAUACACAGUACAGUAAAGUAUAAAGACAGAAUUAUGAAUACUCAGGCUAAGCAUGCUAACUUAUCUCUUUUAAUUCUGAGCAUUAUUAUGUAACACUGGGACUAGAACACUUUAAAAUAAUCUUGGAUAUAUUGUUAAUUUGCAUCUAAAAGAGUGCUAAAGAUUGUCAGGCAAAGUUUAAGUUUGGGGUUGAUUGAAGAUCUGGACAGCAUGUGGGUGUUCAUCCACCACUCAGUGAUGGUUGAAAAUUGUCAUCUGCUUGCAAUGGAACUUGAACUCUGGUCUUUAGGAUUAUCAUGUCCAUGCACUAACCACUAGACCAUAUCUAGAUUGGUGGCAUCCAAGAGAUUUUACCCAUUGAUUACUGUCGUACUUUAGGUUUUGGGCUGGUGGUAACCUUGGAAUGAAUCACUCUUACUCAAGGACAGAAGCAGCAUUGUUUGAGAGUAUGGCAGCAUUUCUUUGAACUGGUUUUGCUGAGAUAUAAGCUUAUAUCUAGUCAGUUUUCUUACUAAUAAAGGUUAGCUGUCUAUCUCAAAAUGAAGACUCCUUCCCUUUUUUGUUUGUUUUUUUUUUUUUUUUUUUUCCCAUAAUGUCAGGCAUUUAUUAUAAAGGCAUAAGGGUAUUAAAUUAUUUUUUUAUGUGUGAAGUUGUAUUGAAGAAGAGAUCAAUCAAUUAUAUAACAAGAGAUAAACUUUAGUAUAUCUUCAUACCACAACAACCACAUAGGAAUUUGAAUUUGGCACUGCCAAAUCAAUACCUAAACUGCACCAUUCCUCACCUUUGAACCAGCAUAGAUCUAAAUAUAAGUUAUGCCUUUCAGGCAGUGUGUUUAUGAACAUUGACCAAAGCACUAGCAUAUCUGUAAGGAAAAUAAUUAAGAUGAAACCUUUUUUAUGCCUUUUUUUUUUCUUUUUCAAGAAAUAUGGAAAUAUUACCCAGACAAGGGUUUGGUCCAGCUACUGAAACAAAGUUCUUCCAUCUAGCAGCAGAUUGUGCAAACAUUGGAAACUAUUCUAUUCCUGACUUGCUUAGAAUUUUGCAGUCAAGUAUAGUAAGGAACACUUCUUGACUCUCUUAAAGCACACAGUUGCAGCUCCACCCUUCCUUUAACCUAUGCAGUAUAAUCAGAAAGUAACAGCUUGCCUCCCUACUGGUGUUGGCAAAUUUUUUAUCCUUAUUUUUUAAUUAAUUAAUUAAUUUAUUUAUUUAUUUAUUUAUUUU